CAAGCUCUCAGGCGGUCGCAGAUCCCCAGCCACCCGGCCUCGCCGAACACACAGACGAACCCUUGCUAUGCUUUGCAGUCAAUUAUAGCAUUCUACCGACUACCAACAUGCGCAUACGAAAGCCCUUCGCUGGUGCCUUUGUCGCCCUGAUCCUCAUCUCGGCCGCCGCCGGCUUCUCCCCCUCCGACUACUCAAUCCCGUCGUACAAGCAGUCCGACAAAGCCCUGCACUUCGUCGCCUUCUUCUUGCUCACACUUACAUUCUACUGGAUUCUUGAGACAUCGCGGCGCAAGGUGCUGCAGUUCACGCUCCUGGUGUGCACGCUUGGACUGGGCGUUGCGAGUGAGGUUGUGCAAGGGUUGCUGCCGAUUGAACGCGAGUUCGACCCCUACGAUAUCGUCGCUAAUGUCGCCGGUUCCGCGCUUGCCAUUGCGCUGUGUAAUUGGUACCACAAGCGCAUGAUUGAGCGUAAGCGGAUGGCGCGCGGAUACAAUGCUGUGGCUGGUGACGACGAAAUGGACGUCGAGCUUGGCGAGACCGUCGGAGGGCAGGAGACGGGAGUAGUCAGGUCAGCGGUGGAGGACGAGCUAGACCGCUGGGACGAGAAUGCGGAGGACUGGGAAACUACCGAUCCAGAUCCGGUAAUUGGAAACGGCGUAAAUGCGGCGACGGUGGUUGCGGUGGCCGAAGACAUGGAAGAUGGAAAGAAGCGUAGCGAUUGAGACGCUUCCAUCGGUUGUCUGAACGAUUGUAUGAUCACGAAAUGCAUACCAAAGCGAACUUGAGAGGAUAUACGAGAAACUGCAAUCAACAUCCUUGUGCAUGUGCGAGGACUCGAUGCGAUUUGAUGUGUGUAGCUUUUCACAGCCAUCAGCCAAUCUUGGUGAUUUUGAAGCUCCAGCCCAAGCGUUGUCUCACGAGCAAGCCCCUAGACAAGUUUGUGACUCGUCUCUGAGGUAGUAGAAGAGAUGAUA